UAGAACGAGCCGACGAGACGUCCGAGGUCACGGAUUCUUUUGUUUUGAUUAAUUUUACAAAUAGAUUGAGGUUAAGUAGAUUAACAAAGUUUUUCAUGGAUGUCGUGCGUUAAAACUAUAAUACUUUUAGAGUGAAGUGAUAUUUCUUAAGUAAAAAGGCCAUUAACAUGAAAUUUUAACAAGAAGAAAAAAUUCCCAGUUCAUAUUUAUCUUGUUCAUAUAUCCAUUGAAAACCGUCGACAAAUCGUCCAUCAACUGAGUCAUAAUAACUUCAAGUAUUUCAGAAGAUAUCAGUAUUAAAUAAAACUAGUCCAAUAUGAAUAAAGCAGCUGUUCAGGAUUUCAUAAAUAAAAGUUGUUCAAUUGAUCCAAGUAGAUCAAUCAAGGUAGAAUGGUCACAGGUGGAGAAAAAAAAGAAGAAAACCAACAUUAACAAGAAAUUUCCUGCAGUAGGAGAACGUCCUUAUGCAUUUGAUGAGAUGUAUGGCAAGGAGAAAAAAUCUAAAAGCAAAAAUGGGUCUUUAAAGCUUGAUCAAAACACAGAUAUUGACAUUCAGCCAUGGAUGACUUCAAAAAGAGCUGAUGUUCGAGAAGUUAAUGGUGGUGUACCAUACAAUAACGAAGUGAUUGAAAGAAUGGUAAAAAUAAAGCAGUUGAAAUCAGAAUUAAAUAGCGAUGGUAGUUCUACCAUCACAAGUAGUGUUUAUUGUACUGCAGAAUCUUCACAAGAGUCAAGUUUUAAAACUGCAAAUUCAUCUUUCUAUAGCAUAGAUGAAAAUGGUACUCUUCAACAAAGUCUCAAUAAAAAUUCUCUGAAAUCUGAGAGACAAAAUAAGAGCAAUGUAAAAAGUGGAAAUGUUCCUUUAGUUGUUCGAGAAGAGAACCAAAAUUAUUCUAAAGGAAAAUCCAGAACUAAACAAGCUAAGAAGAACAAGACUACAGCUAGCAAUUACCAGGACGAUGCAUUUACUACUCAUAGACCAGACAUUACAAUGGAGAAUCUAAGACUUGUUGAUGACUCAUCUCCUGAAACAUUAAGACGUGAACGAGUUGCAAGGUUUAUUCAACACGAAGAAGAUGAAGAUGUUAUUCAUCAUGCAUUUUUUAAAGAGAAAAACUUUAACUCUGGUCAUAACGGACUUCUGCGACAAGGUAUUGAAAUUUCGCAUACUCCAAGGAAAUAUUUCAUGAGUAUAGCAGAUGAUGAUUUUGGAUUUGAAACAAACGAUUCAAAAAAUUAGAUCACUUAUUUAUUGAAAUUGAAUGGUAUUUAUAAUGAAUUGAUUAUAUCACGUCAAGAAUUGAAAGUAGGUUCAAUCUUUUGAAUUUUGGAGUAAAUGAAUUAUUUAGGGGACCGAGUUUUAAGAUCUGAAAUCGUAUAGUCAAUGAAUAGUUGCAAUCUUGUUUUCUUGCAAUGUGAUUAAUGCAUGCCGUGGAUUAACUCGACAAUUAAUUUCAAUCUCUAGAGUUUGAUUUGAAAUUAAAUGUUUAUUUGUACUUCCAUUGCUCUAAAGUUCUAAUUUAUUUACAGAGUUUUCUUUUCAGUAUUUUUUGUUGGUAUUUUUAAGAAAUACCACUAAAUAGUUGUCCUUUAAAUUGAUAAAUUUAUGAUUGACUUGAUGUUUUUUGAAUCUUAAAGUAAGAUUAAUUUUUUCAGUUUCAUGUUUAAAAGAGUAGUAGUCAACAAUUAUAAAAGACUAUUUAUAAUAAAUUUUGAGAAAAUGUUCAAACUUUAAAUAAACUCAGUUUGAAAUGAGAAAAAAAGGGUUUAAAAUCAAAGUAAAAUUUUGAUUGGUUAAAUGUAGAUAAGUCAAGCUUAUAAAAUUUUUGUGUCAAUAUAAAGUUUAAUAUAAAGUUUACUCCAUGAACUUGAUACAUGUAUGUUUAAUGUAAAAGCAAGAUUAUAAGCCACUAGCCAUAAAGCAGACAUUCAAAACCUAGAUAUUCUAUAAACAAAAUAAUAUUUAAAAAAAAAGAAUUUGUAACGAAUUUUACUUUGAUCUUUGACACAAAAAAAAUGUGAAUCUGAUCGCUUAUGGCAGUUGUCUCAUUGCAUUUGAAUAAUUUUGAAUUACAGAGUUAAGUUUGGAGAUGUCAAAAAAUUAACUUCUUUAUCAUUAGAUAAAUUGUGAAGAGGAUAUUGAACAAUAUGCUCAAGAAAUGUCAGAUUUUAAUCAGAUUUAAAAUAUUUCGUGUUACAGUAAACCCACCAGUGAUGACCAAGCUGUCGUUAUUCAACUUUUGAAUAUCUAAGAAAAUUUAAUGAUUGCAAAUAAAAAAAACUAAUUGGCUCAUUGCCUAGCUAAUUAAAUUUUCUAUCACUUAAAAAUAUUGAAAAAUCAUUUUAGCAUUGUUAUUAUUUUUAAAAAUGAUAAGUUUAUGUUCGGAGUUAUAAAACUUACAUUAAUCAAAAGAUAAUUAGUACAAUAAUUAUAUUACUGUCCAUUGUUAGGAAACUAUUAGAAAUUUGAAAAUUCAACUUAUAAAUAAUUCUUAAUCAAACGGUAAUUCAGUGGGUGCCAAUCAAUCACUGGUAGGUUUACACUGUACAGUUUCAAAGCGGAGCAAGCUCCUGAUAGAUUUCAGUACAGUAUAUGCCCCUAUUUUCACGAUCAUGUACCUAUAUUCGAUCAAUAAUUAAUAUUAACAACUUAAUUGUACGUAAGAAAUUUUUUUUUAAUAAUUGGCUUAAUGAAUCGAACAUCUUCAACAGAAAUACAUUAUUCAAAAUCAGAUAUGAAGUUUCAAUCCAAUAUAAAAAAUUGAUUUAAAUUUUAUCGAAAUUAGGGGCGUAUACCUUAGUUGUUGUUAAACUUUAAACGCAUUUUUCUCGAAUUGACUUUUUUAUCUUGUUUGAUACGUAUGUUGAAAAACAUUAACCAUUUUUUAAUUUCUCCUGGUUCGUUAAAAAAUUAUUUUUGAUACGAACCUCAAUAUAAAUGAAAAAUGGUAUGUUACAAUACUUUACUUAUAUUCAAAGGGUAGAAAAGUCAUGAAAAGUCGAAUUAUUUUAAUUAUUUCUUUUCAUCUCAAAUUUCGACAUUUUCAUUCAUAAAAAGGUUCGUAUCGAAGAAAAGCAUGUUAACAAUGUAAUAAAAGUCACAGCCAAUUUAUUGACAAAGAGUUUCCUCAUAAAAAUAUGAUUGUUCUUAUUUUCAUGUAUCAAUACUAAUAAAAACCGCUGCCAAUUUAUUGGCAAAGAGC